AGAGCGCGGCCUCCGCUGCAGUCGGCACCCCUGCCGCCGGGGGACCAUGGGCCGGAUCUCGGGGCUCGUGCCCUCUCGCUUCCUGACGCUCCUGGCGCAUCUGGUGGUCGUCAUCACCUUGUUCUGGUCCCGGGACAGCAACAUCCAGGCCUGCCUGCCUCUCACGUUCACCCAGGAGGAGUAUGAGAAGCAGGACAUCCAGCUGGUGGUCGCGCUCUCCGUCACCCUGGGCCUCUUUGCUGUGGAGCUGGCGGGUUUCUUCUCCGGAGUUUCCAUGUUCAACAGCACCCAGAGCCUCAUCUCCAUUGGGGCUCACUGUACGGCAUCUGUAUCCCUGUCCUUUUUCAUAUUCGAGCGUUGGGAGUGCACCACGUACUGGUACAUUUUUGUUUUCUGCAGUGCCCUCCCAGCUAUCACCGAAAUGGCAUUAUUCGUCAGCGUCUUUGGGCUGAAAAAGAAACCUUUCUGAUACCUUCAUGAUGGGAGCAUAGGAUUGAAGGUUGGAGGAUCGAGGGACCACUCACCAUUUCCGGAACAAGAAAGGCUGUCUUCAGUCCUCCCUCUUACUGCAUUUGGUGGACGACGUCAGUGUUCCUGUUAGGGUAAUUAUCACGCGAGUCUGGGAUGAUCAGCGUUUUAUUUAGUGCUUUGUGAUAAAAUAUAUUUUAGAGUAAGAUCAAGACUUGCGAAACGUUUAGGGGAGAAUUGGGGUGGACAAACUACUAAAGAAACGGAAGGCUGUUUUCCAGCCUUGCCGACUGUAAGAUCCUAGGUUUCGCUUUUAUUUUGGUCAUUACGGUAGCGUCUGGCGGAAGGAAGUAGGCGGGGAUAUGUAAAUAACAAGAGCUGUCUGCCGUCAGGGUGCCAAGCUCGUGAGUGGGGCAUUCUGGGAGGGAUUAGUUUAUCUUUUUUUUGGCAGCCAAAUGGGGGGGGAAAUGUUUUUUAAUAUCUGUACAUACAUGUGGCAAUAGAAUGGAAGACCCUCGAUAGCUUCAGGUGCUGGGGCUAGCGCGUUAUUUACUCACCCUAGACGAAAGCGGCAUCCUUCGCCUUGAGUAAGGAAUACGCAGAGCUUUGCGUUUAUCGUCAGGUGGGAUAAUCCUUACCUGUUCCUCCUUCGGGAGGGCAGAUCGGAACAUGAUGAUUGGAGUUCGGAUGAUGCGUGAUUAGCGUCUCUGUGUGGCUGGGAUUUGCAACACCCCGGUCGCUCCUGUCUGAUUCUGCCUGACGAUCUGG